GGGCGCGCGGCCGGGGCCGGGGCGAGCAGCGCGGGCUGGAGCCGGAGCUGGAAAACGUCCCGGGCCCCGGUUCUGAGCCCGCACCUGCGGUGCGGAGCGGCGGAAGGAACCCCGGGCCCAGCCGGUGCCAACGAUGUUCCCUCAAAACCGGCCCCCGGCCCAUCUCCAGGCUCCCUCCGCUGCAUCAGGCACCGCUGUCGCCGCCGGCACCAUCCCUGCCACCCCGCAGUCCCUGAAGCUGACGUACCCUGAGACCUUGGACCGCAUCAAGGAGGAAUUCCAGUUCCUGCAGAACCAAUACCACAGCUUGAAGUUAGAAUGUGAAAAGCUGGCAACAGAAAAAACAGAAAUCCAGCGUCAUUAUGUCAUGUACUACGAGAUGUCCUACGGCCUGAACAUCGAGAUGCACAAACAGACGGAGAUAGCGAAGCGGCUAAAUGUGAUCUGCGCCCAGCUCAUCCCGUUCCUGUCUCAGGAGCACCAGCAGCAAGUGGUCCAGGCUGUGGAGCGUGCGAAGCAGGUGACUAUGACCGACCUGAACGCGGCCAUCGGGCACCAGCUCCAGACCCAGCACCUCUCGCACCACGUGCCCCCCAUCCCGCUGACCCCCCACCCCUCUGGCAUGCAGCCCGCCGGCCUCACUGGCCUUGGGAGCGCUUCCGGGCUUCUGGCGCUCUCGGGGGCGCUGGGGGCCCAGGCUCAGCUCCUCGCCAAAGACGACCGUGGAGUCCACGACACUGAGCACCGGGAGCGGGACCCGGGGCCCAGCUCCCUGGCGCUGCCCAACGGGGAGCGGGCGCGAGCCAUCUCCGAGUACCUGAGCAACAGCAAGAAGAGGAAGGUGGAGGAGAAGGACUUUGUGACAGACUACGGCAGUGACGCGGACAAAAGCGAAGACAACCUGGUGGUAGAUGAGGACCCUUCAUCCCCGCACAGCGUCCACUCCUACUCGUCCCGCGAGAACGGGGUGGAAAAGCUGCCACUGGGGAGGAAAGAGGCUGUGCCGCUCAGCCCGACCUCCAUGGCCUCCUCGAGCAGCACGUCCCCGUCCCGCAGCAAGGAUGUGCCCACGGUGGAGAAGGCAGGGACACCCAGCCUCAAGUCCAGCACCCCCACGUCCCAGGGCGAUGCCAUGACCCCAGGCUCCAGCGGUGCCCAGCAGUUCCGCCCCGCUGCCCCCAAGGCCCCUGUGGACCCCCUGGCCCUGGGCCUGAGGACCCCGCUGGGAGUGCAGAGCCCCUACUCUGCCACCUUCGGCAUGGCUCACCCCGCUGUCAACGGGGACAUGGCUGGGGCCGGCGCCUAUGCCAGCCUCCACCUCGUGUCCCCACAGCUCAACGGGACCGCAGCUGCCGUGGGAGCUGGCAGCUACGGGCGGUCCCCCCUGGUUGGCUACGACCCGCACCCACACAUGCGCGUCCCGGGGCUGGCAGCCGGCAUGCAAGUGGGGACAUCGGGGAAGCCUGCCUACUCCUUCCAUGUCAGCGCCGACGGGCAGAUGCAGCCAGUGCCGUUCCCCCCUGACGCCCUCCUGGGCUCCGGCAUCCCCCGGCACGCGCGGCAGCUCCACACCCUGGCCCACGGUGAGGUGGUCUGCGCCGUCACCAUCAGCAACUCCACGCGCCACGUCUACACCGGGGGCAAGGGCUGCGUGAAGGUGUGGGACGUGGGGCAGCCGGGCACCAAGACGGCCGUGGCUCAGCUGGACUGCUUGAACCGUGACAACUACAUCCGCUCCUGCAAGCUGCUCCCCGACGGCCGAAGCCUGAUCGUGGGGGGGGAGGCCAGCACCCUGUCCAUCUGGGACCUGGCGGCCCCCACGCCCCGCAUCAAGGCUGAGCUCACCUCCUCCGCCCCCGCCUGCUACGCCCUGGCCAUCAGCCCCGAUGCCAAAGUCUGCUUCUCCUGCUGCAGCGACGGCAACAUCGUGGUGUGGGACCUGCAGAACCAGACCCUGGUCAGGCAGUUCCAGGGCCACACGGAUGGUGCCAGCUGCAUCGACAUCUCCAACGAUGGCACCAAGCUGUGGACGGGGGGGCUGGACAACACGGUACGGUGCUGGGACCUGCGGGAAGGGCGGCAGCUGCAGCAGCACGACUUCAGCUCCCAGAUCUUCUCCUUGGGGCACUGCCCAACGGGCGAGUGGCUGGCUGUGGGCAUGGAGAGCAGCAACGUGGAGAUCCUGCAUGUGAGCAAGCCCGACAAGUACCAGCUGCACCUCCACGAGAGCUGUGUUCUCUCCCUCAAGUUCGCUGCCUGCGGGAAGUGGUUCGUGAGCACGGGGAAGGACAACCUGCUCAACGCCUGGCGCACCCCCUAUGGCGCCAGCAUCUUCCAGGGCCCCCAUGGGGUGGGGGAGCUUGCUCUGGGGCCGCAGCUCAUACCCCCCUCUCUGCAGUCCAAGGAAACCUCCUCCGUCCUCAGCUGCGACGUCUCCACCGACGACCAGUUCAUCGUGACUGGCUCAGGGGACAAGAAAGCUACGGUCUACGAGGUCAUUUACUGAGCACUGGAGAGGGGACAGCCGCUGGGAGGGGGCCACUCCACGGGAGCAGACGGACAGACGGCCGCGGGGGCUGACGGAUGGACGCUGCCCUCCCGGGAGCUGGCAGCCCAGGGCUGGAGCAGGCAGCAAGGGGCGGAGGGGACCCCGCAGCCAGGCAGGGCUGGGAGGCAGCUGCUGCUUGCAGGGACCUUCCUGGGGACUUUCUUCUCGUUUGGGUCUUUAGUUGUUGGGUUGUUUCUAAGUCUGGACUGGGGGUGGGGGCAAGGGGUCUUUUUUUUAAUGUAACUUUUUUGUUGUUGUUAAGGCUCUGGGCCAUGCAGCGGAGGAUGUGCUCCAUCCUUAUCUCCAUGAGCCUCCUCAAGUGUAUUUAAUAAUAAAAACAGACAAAACAGCA